AUUCAUUAUUUUCAAUCGCUGAGUUGCAAAUUGGGUUCUAUUAUCUAGUCUCAUUACAAAUUUGUUGGGCUGUUGACUGAUUUCUGUUCCGAGCCAACAUGUUACGCAUAGCAGCUUCCAGGCUUCGAGUUUGGGGUUCCACUUAUUUUUCUCGUUCGUUUUGUAGUGAGUCUUCCUCAGCUAGCUCUACGGGCAGUGAACAGGGCAGCACUUUAGGUUCAAGUGUAGCCAGUCGUUAUGCGUCUACUUUAUUAUCUCUUGCACGAAAAGAGGGCGCUUUGGAUAAAAUCACCAAGGAUGUCAAGCAAUUUCGUACUUUGGAGUCCGAUCACCCCGAUUUCAAGCGCUUUUUACAAGAUCCUACCAUCCCGCAAGGGGAGAAACAGCAAUUUAUACAAGAGUUGUUAAAACGUGAACAGUUUUCAGAUCUCUUUUAUCGUUUCGUUGGUGUGAUUGAAGAAAAUCGGAGGACGGAAGAUCUUUCGUCCGUCAUAGAGACGCUGGACAAUAUGCUUCGAGGGGAUAAAGGUCAGCGUGUUGCCUAUUUGGUGACCGCUAGUCCUCUAACUGAGUGGCAAAUCGCGUUUUUAAGGAAACGACUCAUUCGUAGAUUCUUUCCCGAUGACCCGGAAACGGAACUGGAAAUUCACGUGAAAAAGGAUCCAUCGUUGAUUUCAGGUUUCACUGUACAAGUUGGUGAACGUUUUAUAGAUCUAUCAUAUAGGAAAGAAAUGAGGGAUGUCAAAGAGGCACUUCGUCAGUCAUAGUCAGUUUUGUGAGAUGUGCAUGUUGGUUAUAAAAGUGUAUCCAGUGCAGAGAAUAGUCCCUUGUUUUUGGAAAGAUGGACACUCAUUUUGUGAA